AUUGACACACACUACAUAUUACGUAUCCUCUCUACUAUCCACUAUAUUUAUUCCUAACAGAUUAUAAAAAGGUGAAAUUUUAAUCAAAUCGACAGUCCAUCCCGCGUAAAAUUAAAAUAAAAUAAUAAAAUCAAGAUGCCUUGUGAAAUGAUUACUUUGCAAUUAGGCCAAUGUGGCAACCAAAUUGGAUUUGAAUUUUGGAAGAAAUUAUGUGCCGAACAUGGCAUCAGUCCAGAAGGUAUUUUAGAAGAUUAUGCGACAGAAGGAACUGAUAGAAAGGAUGUAUUUUUUUAUCAAUCAGAUGAUGAACAUUAUAUACCAAGAGCAGUAUUAUUAGAUUUAGAACCUAGAGUAAUUCAUACAAUAAUGAAUUCUCCAUUUUCUAAGCUAUACAAUCCAGAGAAUAUUUAUUUAUCAAAACAUGGAGGUGGUGCUGGAAAUAACUGGGCAUCGGGUUAUCAUCAAGGAGAGAAACUUCAGGAAGAAAUUUUUGAUAUUUUAGAUAGAGAAGCUGAUGGAAGUGAUAGUUUGGAGGGAUUUGUUUUGUGUCAUUCCAUAGCAGGUGGUACAGGUUCAGGUAUGGGUUCGUUUAUACUUGAAUCUCUUGCAGACAGAUAUCCAAAAAAAUUGAUUGAAACCUACAGUGUAUUUCCAAAUCAAGAUGAAAUAAGUGAUGUGGUAGUACAACCAUAUAAUUCUCUGCUAACAUUGAAGAGAUUGACACAAUGUGCUGAUUGCGUUGUUGUUUUAGACAAUACUGCACUUAACAGAAUAGCAACAGAUAGACUCCACAUUCAAAAUCCAAGUUUCACACAAAUAAAUCAACUUGUUUCUACAAUAAUGUCUGUUAGCACUGCUACACUUCGGUAUCCUUCAUACAUGAACAAUGAUUUGGUGGGCUUAAUCGCUCCAUUAAUCCCAACACCACGAUUGCAUUUUCUCAUGACUGGUUAUACUCCACUUACUGCAGAUCGAGAAGUGAGUAGUCAACCAAUUCAGUAUGGAAAGGGAGCUACAGUUUGGAAAACUUCAGUGUUGGAUGUUAUGAGACGUUUGCUGCAACCAAAAAAUAUGAUGGUUUCCACAGCGUUAGAUAGAAACGCAUCUCAUUGUUAUAUAUCUAUCUUAAAUAUUAUCCAGGGUGAAGUAGAUCCAACACAAGUACACAAGUCAUUACAAAGAAUAAGAGAACGAAAGCUUGCACAAUUUAUACCUUGGGGUCCUGCUAGUAUACAAGUGGCUUUGUCAAGGAAAUCUCCUUACAUACAGAGUACCCAUAGAGUGUCUGGCUUAAUGUUAGCCAACCAUACUAACAUAUCAUCCUUAUUUGAUCGUGCCUUACAACAAUAUGAUAAAUUACGAAAACGAGAAGCAUUUUUGGAGCAGUUUCGCAAAGAAAAAAUGUUUGAAGACAAUUUGGAUGAGUUAGACAAUUCUAGAGAAGUCGUUGAAUACUUAGUGAAAGAAUAUGAAGCUGCUACACGAGUCGAUUAUUUAUCUUGGAAUCCCAACAAAGUAGAGACAUAAAAUAUUUGAAUAAGAUCUGCGAAGAAUUCCUUACUUUCAGAGCGCUUUUUUAUUAUCAAUCAUUUUCAUGCUGAAUAUACUGACCUGAAAUCGUACUUUUGAUCUGACAUAAGUAAUGAGCAAUCUGUGAUUUUUUGCCAUAAUUUAGAAUUUAAUCAGUCUAUAGAUUCUAAACUUAUUUCUGACUUCCGUGCAUAAGACGGAGGCAGCGUAGCAAUUGUAAUAAAUCCUGUAUGACCAGGUAAAGAGUGAGCAUGUGUUACAGUAAGAAGUUUUGUUUGAUUGUGCUUUUCAUUUUUACUUUGCUGUGUCAUAUCUUCAGUUAUAUGCUGGAAUGUAGUUUAAAAGUUGAUAUUAAUAUUUCAAAACUAAUGUUAUAAUAUUUUUAAAAAUAAAGAUAAAAGCACGUGCCAUUUAUAGUAUCAUGAUAAUUGCAAUAUUUUUCUACAAAGUUAAAUAAUAAAAGAUAAUGUUCUAACAAAAAAUAUUCCAUCUACUUACUACUAUUAGAACUAUACUAACAGUUACAUUAUAUUUAUUUGACCCACCUCAUGUUUCAAACAUUCUAAAUCCAGUGUAGGAAGAUUUUUGUACUGCACAUUUACUUCUCUUUGUAGACACUCAUAUGUAUUUAAUUCAAUAAAUCCCUUUGUUGAUAAUUUUAUACAUGUA